GCCACGAAAAUACCAAGCUUCUUUUUUCAUCAUAUCGUCAUAUCGUCAUAUUCGAAAAACGAAAAAAGUUCCAACUUCAACGCUUUCUCCAAAGCCCAACAGACAACCCAAGCCUGCAGGGCCCCCGCUUAUCUAACGCCGAUCUCGACCAGCGCAUCGCAUUUCGAGACACCACCACCGACCAGCUCAAUACAGCCUCACUCCGGACAGCGCAGAUGCGCUGGCCUUGGCCUUGUCUUAACACCUGAUUAUACGAUAUAAUUUGCACCGAACUGGCCCUAUUGGUGCGGCGCAUACUCAUCACAUCUCACGCUACCCGAUUAUCCCUAUAUACCUGCCCUAUAGCCAGACCGACACCUGCAUCUUCAGCCCAGUGUCAUUGAUAUGAGACGCAGAACCUCGCAGCAAUAAUUCGAACUUGACCACCAAUCCACCGCUACAAAAAUCAAUCCCAGCCUACGAGAAGAAAGCAGUCCCGACACACAACAAUGCCACGCCGCCAUGCCCCAAAACAUUACCGGUGGCCGGAAAUCCAGCUCAACAUCUGGAUUCUCACCGUCCUCGCGGCCUCCUGCAUCUGCCUGGGUAUCUUCGCCUGGUUUAUAUCUGUCCAAGCAGAGCUGAGACUCGGGAUACCAUGGCUCUUCCCAUACAUGCUUACAACCUCCGCUCUAGCGCUCUUCUUUAUAAUAUUCGUUCUCGUCCUAGCAGCACAAGGCUUCCUACUUCCCGGGAUAAUCCUCGUCGGGACAUUUAUCCUCUUCGCGCUUUGGUUAACAGGGCUCAUCGAGACCUCGCUCCAGAUGUACGGCGUCGUCGCCAACGUCAACGGUAACUGCCAAAUCUGGGUGGAUGAUAACCGUCAGGGCGGCGAUAAUCUAGAUACAAUGGCAUGGAUUGCGCAGAGUAAUAUUUGUAACUGCUGGCGAACGGCAUUCGCGUUCGAGCUGGUAAAUACAGUGUUUUUUUCGUGGAUGAUUGUUAUGGCGUGGAAGGUUCAUCGGGAUGUUCACCACCGCCGUUGAUUACGAUUCUGAGUCUGAGUCUUGCAAUUACAUUUCUACUUCAUUCGCCUUGUCGGCUUAUUGGUUGAUUGAUUGAUUGAUUGAUUGAUUGGUGGGUUUAUGAUGUAUGUGAAUAGGUCAGGUGAGGAUGUGGGUUAUAUCCUAUCAGUUGCCUUUUAUUAUGUUCCAUGUUGAUGUUUAACGAUGCAUAUACCGGCGUAUAAUCAGGUAGCGUUGCUGUGUUUAUUGGUUUUAUAUAUCUAUAUUGAUUGAGAGAUGUUGCAAUAUCAAAUUCAAUGUCCAU